UUCAUCACCAGAAAAGUUUCAAACGCCCAUGUCUGAAAAAACAUCGAGUGCAGAUAGCGAAAAAACGGAGUCUAUUAAGCACAUACUUAUUUGGACUGAAAAAAAUCUUAAACCGUUAAUUAAUCUAGGUGAAGGCAGGACAGUUUUCAUUGAAAAAAAAUGCGAAUGGAACAACUGCAACGUAACUGGCGACAGAAAUCUCCUCGGCGAUUACACUGAAUUUGAAGCCAUAAUUUUCGGUGGAACUCAAUUGUAUCUUUUGCGAUAUAAAAACGAUUUACCAAAAAGGCGAGAUCCAAAACAGAAAUAUAUAUAUGCUAAUCUGGAAUCAGCUGCUAGUUAUCCGGUUUGUACUUCAGUUUGGAACUACUUUUUCAACACCACAUGGACAUAUCGACUUGAUUCCACGUUAUUUUGGCCUUAUUUUAUUAUAGAGGACAGCAACAAUAUUAGAGUUGGGCCAAAGAAGAAUAUUCAUUGGAUGAAUAUAUCGGAUAUGGAUCCCAUAGAUAAGGAUUUGAAGGUAAAAUUUAAAUUUAUUCUUGAAGCAACCAUAGGACUCAAAUCUAAAGCAGCAGCCUGGUUUGUAUCGAAUUGCAAUACUAUGAGUCUUCGCGAGCUCUUUGUGAAGCAACUCGAGGAACAAAUGCAUGUUUACGCUUUGGAACUAGAUGUUUACGGUGAUUGUGGAAAGCUUCAAUGUUCGCAAAUUAACAUGAAAGGCUGUGAAUUGAUGUUGCAGAAGAAUUACUACUUUUAUCUAGCAUUUGAAAAUACAUUCAGUGAAGAUUAUGUAACAGAAAAGAUUUUGCAUGCACUUCGUCAUGAUACAGUGCCUAUAGUUUUCGGAGGCGCCAAUUACACGAGAUUCAUGCCUGAAGGAUCUUAUUUAAACGCAUUGGAGCUAGGACCACAUAAGCUGGCGCAAAGAAUGCAUGAACUAAUACAUAAUCCUGAAGCAUAUUUCCUUUAUUUUAAGUGGAAGAAAUAUUACUCGUACCAUUUCCCUCACGAAAAGUCCGAAACUGACGCGUAUUGUAACUUUUGUGAAUUUCUUAACACUCAUGAAUCUAUGAAAAAGAAAACUGUUAUUGAGUAUUUUAAUAUUUGGUGGACCCCGCAUGUUUACUGUCAAGAUGUUCAUAAUAUUAGUAUACAUUAA